AUUGCACGCAAUAAUUACACCAAGUAGUUAUUACAUAAAUUGAAAGAUUGUUUUUAACGUCCAGCAGUUUAGAACAAGUCAGUAAAUGUUAUAGAUGUUAAAAUGGUUCCAAUAUUUUUAUUUGUUUGUUCGUUUGCUUGUGCAAUUGCAGGGAGAGUUCCUGAUUACAUCAAUAAGUGUAAUUACGAUGAAAAUACAAUCUCGCAAUGUGUGCUUGACAAUGUUCCAAAGGUACUUCCGCAUUUAAAAGACGGAAUUAAAGGAUUACACCUGCCUCCAUUAGUGCCUUUUCAUCUUGAAGAAUUAACCAUUGAACCUAGCCCAGGAUUAGUCCUUAAAUUAAAGAAUCUAGAAAUUUAUGGUUUAGAUAAAGUUAAUAUGACUCAACUAACAAUAAAAAGUCCAAAUAUGGAGUUCAAAAUGCAUUUUGACGAAGUGCGAUUCCAAGGAGAUUUUGACAUCAAUGGGAAAUUAUUGAUUCUUCCCAUCCAAGGCAAAUGUAAAUGUUUCAUGGCACUGCAAGAUUUCUCCGUUGAUUAUUUCCUUACUUUUGGAGAAUCCGAACGUAAUGGAAAAAAAUAUUUCACAACAGAUAAUCACAAAAUUAUCUACGAUUCAACUAGAAUGACAUCUGAUCUAGAGAAGUUAUUCGCUGAACCGACACUUGGCAAACAAUUAAAACAAUUUAUGGAAGAAAAUUGGAAGGAAAUCAACGACGAGUUUCGCCCGGUGAUGACUGAAACUAUUCUGCAAAUCGUUAAAAACUUAUUCAAUUCUGUGACCAAUUCAAUGCCAUUGAAUGAAUUAUUCAUCGUUUAGCUGUUUUGUGUAAAGUAUUUUAAAGUCUUGUUUAGUUUUGAAUAGACGCGUAUGGUAAUAAAAUUUUGUAAGCAACAUCUAAAAAUA